UGUGAGGAUGUCUCUGCGGCCGUUACCUCAGUUCCGGAGUUUUUUGUAGUUUUAUGUGACCACAUAAAUCUCAUAAAAAAUUGAAGAGCUCUCGCGGCUCUUUUUCUUCGUCUCUGAAAUCAAAGAGAAAAGUGCAGUGAAAAGUGCAAAGAUUUACCCAAUUGAAAGAAAGAUUAAAGUGCGUGGGAGGUUAAAAAAGGAAAAAAAAAAGUUCUGUGAAGGUUGACGAAACUUUAAGCACCCAACAUGGAUUUUCUAUGCUAUUGAUUUGAGACAAAAGUGUGAAUGUGUUUUCGGUGCUGAGCAUUUUUUUCCGUGACCAAAAAGGAGCAAAAGGAUAUAAAAAAACGGAGGAACGUCGAAAAGUGAACACCUCGUGAAUUGUUGUGCUUGUGGAGGAUGCUCUGGGGGAUUUUAUAAACAACCCGCGCGUCUCCUCAUCGAAGUGAACAAAGUGUUGUGUCUGCCGCAAGUACCAUCAACACACACCGUCCUCUUGACACCCCCAAACCACUUGAGCUGCCUCUCUAGAGUACUGAUAGGGAUUUUCCCUUUUUUUUCGUCUUCUGCACCCGCUCAACCCCUCUUGAUCCACCCCCAAAAAAAGCGCGCCAAUCGACCUUUUAAAAAAGGCAAAAAAAAAGAGAAGUCCAUUUUACAAAAUUCCCAACCGUGCGUGUGUGCUAAAGUGGUUUUCAGCUUGGUGUAAAAGAGUAGUUUUAUGUGAAAUGUUGGGGGCUCCAGUGCGGAGUGUGGCGCCGAGAAUGGCCACACGAAUCUUCCUGGUGAGCCUUCUCGUUGCAUGGACUGCCGCUGAACCUGCUGGCUAUCAGAGUGAUACGCAAAUUUCUUGGGCUUCACCACUUGCAACACUCGAUAUUGGUUCAACGCGCUGCCCCCGUCUGUGUACGUGCACCGGAGAGACGGUGGAUUGCUCCCACAGGGGCUUGUCUCAAAUACCACGGAGGAUUCCCAUUGAUACUGAGAGACUUGACCUGCAAGGGAAUAACAUUACCAUCAUCUACGAGUCGGAUUUGCAGCACUUACCCCGGCUGAGAAUACUCCAAUUGACGGACAAUCAAAUUAAUACAAUUGAAAAGAAUGCCCUUCAAGAUUUAACACGAUUGGAACGUCUACGACUCAACAACAAUAAGCUGAAAACAAUACCAGACAACUUUUUGGGGAGCACAGCUAAUCUUCUUAGACUGGAUUUAUCACACAAUUCACUGACAACGAUUGGCCGGCGGAUAUUCCGGGGUGCUCCAUCCCUUAGGAGCCUCCAAUUGGACAAUAAUGAAAUCACCUGCCUCGAUGAGCAAGCCUUCAAGGGGCUCACAGAGCUGGAAAUUCUAACACUCAACAAUAACAACUUGACAACACUGCCGAAAGAUUUAUUUAGCGGCAUGGCGCGUUUACGUGCUCUUCGGCUGUCGGACAAUCCAUUUGCUUGCGAUUGUCAUCUAUCUUGGCUCUCGAGGUUCCUGAGGAGUGCCUCACGUCUUGCACCGUACACCAAAUGCCAUUCACCGAGCCAAUUGAAAGGACAAAACGUGGGUGACCUGCACGAUUCAGAGUUCAAAUGCUCAGGUUUAGCUGAAAAUGCUCAAAUGGAGUGUGGAGCACGAAGUUCCUGCCCACAUCCGUGUCGCUGUGCCGAUGGUAUUGUUGAUUGUCGUGAGAAAAGUCUAUCGAGUGUACCCACGUCACUUCCUGAAGACACCACUGAACUGCGCCUUGAGCAAAAUUAUAUCACUGAAUUGCCACCGAGAGCAUUUGCCAAUUAUCGUCGUCUUCGGCGCAUUGAUGUGUCCAACAACAACAUCUCCCGCGUGGCUCAUGAUGCCUUUAGCGGGUUGAAGGCUCUAGCCUCCUUAAUUCUCUACGGGAAUAAAAUCAAAGAUCUGCCCAGCGGAGUCUUCAAGGGUCUCACAUCCCUGCAGCUGCUCCUUCUCAAUGCCAAUGAAAUCAAUUGUAUACGAAAGGACACUUUUCGGGAUUUGCACAGUCUGAGUUUGCUAUCUCUCUACGACAACAAUAUACAAUCACUGGCAAAUGGUACUUUUGAUUCCAUGAAAAGCAUUCAGACGCUGCAUUUGGCAAAGAAUCCAUUUAUAUGCGAUUGCAAUUUGCGGUGGUUGGCCGAUUAUCUACAUAGGAAUCCCAUUGAGACAAGUGGAGCCCGCUGUGAAGCCCCCAAGCGCAUGCAUCGACGUCGCAUUGAUGUUCUGCGAGAUGAUAAGUUUAAAUGUACAAAUGGUGAUGACUACAAAACACGCCAUGCGGGGGAGUGCAGGAUGGACAUUGAAUGCCCCACAGCGUGCCAUUGCGAAAGGACAACAGUAGAUUGCUCAGCAAGGGGUCUCAAGGAGAUACCACGCGAUAUUCCCCUCCAUACCACGGAGCUCCUGCUAAAUGAUAAUGAUUUGGGGAGGAUAAGAUCCGAUGGGUUAUUCGGGAGACUACCCAAUUUGGUGAAAUUGGAUUUGCGACGCAAUAAAAUUGUUAGCAUUGAACGGAACUCCUUUGAGGGUGCAUCGAAAAUUCAGGAUCUCGUGCUGGCGGAAAAUAAAAUUCCCGAAAUACACAAUAAAAUGUUCUUGGGACUGCACAACCUCAAGUCCCUUUCGCUGUACGAUAAUGCAAUCUCCUGCGUUAUGCCCGGAUCUUUUGACUAUCUAACAUCUCUCCAUACGCUAAAUUUGGGAUCAAAUCCAUUCAAUUGCAACUGUCACCUGGCCUGGUUCUCCGAUUGGCUAAAGAAGCGCGGAUUGUCAGGCGCUAAUCCACGCUGUGCUGCCCCCGCAAAGGUGGCUGAUGUGCCCCUUCGGGAGUUGCCACAUCAUGAAUUCAAGUGUACAAGUGAUGCUGACCAGGGAUGCCUCGGUGAGGACUACUGCCCACCACAGUGCUCAUGCACGGGCACAGUGGUACGAUGCUCGCGCAAUAAACUCCGCGAAAUACCCAAAGGCAUCCCAGCUGAGACGUCUGAGUUGUAUUUGGAGUCAAAUGAAAUUACAAUGAUUCAUCCCGACAGGAUAAGUCACCUCAAAGGCUUAACACGGCUGGAUUUGAGCAACAACCAAAUAAACAUGCUGUCCAACUACACGUUCAGCAAUCUCUCCAAGCUAUCGACGCUAAUCAUUAGUUACAAUAAAUUGCAAUGCGUACAAAGGCAUGCGCUUACUGGGCUGAAGAAUCUUCGUGUCCUGUCCCUCCAUGGCAAUCAGAUCUCUCAGAUUCCGGAUGGCAGCUUUAGCGACCUCACAGCAAUAACUCACAUUGCCCUGGGCAGCAAUCCGUUGUACUGCGAUUGUUCCCUAAAAUGGCUGUCGGAAUGGGUGAAACUGGACUACGUGGAACCCGGGAUAGCCAGAUGCGCUGAACCGGAGACGAUGCGUGAUAAAUUACUCCUUUCCACACCGGCCAGCUUCUUUGUGUGUCGCGGUCGUGUUAGCAAUGAGAUCCUUUCCAAAUGCGAUGCAUGCUACACAUUUCCGUGUCGCAACAACGCCCAAUGUCAUCCACUUCCGGAGCGACAGUACGAGUGCCGGUGCACCCCUGGGUACCAUGGGGAGCACUGUGAGUACAUGAUUGAUGCAUGCUAUGGGAAUCCGUGCAGGCACAAUUCCACGUGCACCGUGCUGGAGGAGGGACGCUUCAGUUGCCAAUGCAUCCCAGGGUAUACGGGGGCACGGUGUGAGAUCAACAUUGACGAUUGCACGGAGAACAAGUGCCAGAACAAUGGGACGUGCAUUGAUGGUGUGGAAGGGUACACGUGUGCCUGUCCGGCGGGAUUUACGGGUGAGCUGUGCCAGAAGAAGAUUGAUUUCUGCACGGAUACCUUCAACCCCUGCCAGAAUGGUGCCAAGUGUGUGGAUCAUUUCACCCACUACACGUGUGACUGCCCACCCGGCUUCCGUGGGGACAACUGUUCCGACAACAUUGACGAUUGUCUCAAUCACAUCUGCCAGAAUGGCGGUGUGUGCGUGGAUGGUAUCAAUGACUACUCCUGCAAGUGCCCAGAUGAUUUUACGGGGAAAUUCUGCGAAGGUGCCCCCAUGGUGGCCAUGAUGUACCCCCAAACAUCCCCGUGUCAGCAGCAUGAAUGUAAACAUGGGGUGUGCUUCCAACCGAACCCCUCAAGUGCGGAUUAUGUGUGCAAAUGCGCUCCAGGCUACUCAGGGAAGCGCUGUGAGUACCUCACAAGUCUCUCUUUCAUUCACAACACCUCCUUCGUGGAGAUGGAACCACUGCGCACCAAACCCGAAGCAAAUGUGACCAUCAUCUUCAGCACAACGCAACAGAAUGGCAUUCUCAUGUACGACGGGCACAUGGAACAUUUGGCCGUUGAGCUAUUCAACGGACGCAUUCGCGUGAGUUAUGACGUGGGUAAUUAUCCCGUCUCAACCAUGUACAGCUUCGAAAUGGUCAGCGAUGGACGCUACCACAUGGUUGAACUCUUGGCCAUCAAGAAAAACUUCACCCUCCGCGUCAAUCGUGGCCUCGCACGUUCCAUCAUCAAUGAUGGCUCAAAGGACUUCCUCAAGCUCACCACCCCAAUGUACCUGGGUGGCCUACCACAGGACCCAGGGCAGCAUGCCUUCAAUCACUGGCACCUGCGCAACAUCACGAGCUUCCGCGGAUGCAUGAAGGAGGUGUGGAUUAAUCACAAACAAGUGGACUUUGGCAAUGCAGCGCGGCAGCAGAAGGUAACACCUGGCUGUGGAAUAGCUGACCCCGAGUAUGAGGGUGAGGUGGACGAUGUAAUGCAGGAAACACCAACAAUACUCAAACAGGUGGAUCCGUGUGAGAAUCAUAAAUGCCGAAGGGGAGGAAAGUGCGUGCCAAACAGCAAUGCCAAGGAGGGGUACACGUGCAAGUGCAAGAGUGGCGCAAAGGGACGCUUCUGCGAGCAAGGUGAGGACAUCACCGAGACUACCGAUGUUGCUGCUGCUUCAACGUGCCGAAAGGAGCAGGUUCUUGAGUACUACACAGAGAACGACUGCCGCUCCAGGCAACCUCUCAAAUAUGCCAAAUGCGUAGGAGGAUGUGGGAAUCAGUGCUGUGCAGCAAAGAUUGUGCGAAGAAGAAAGGUUCGCAUGGUGUGCAGCAAUGGCGUGAAGUACGUGAAGAAUCUCGACAUUGUAAGAAAAUGCGGAUGUACGAAGAAAUGCUACUGACUGCAAGAUGCGGCUACCCUUGAAACAACAACCCCCGAAAUAGAUUAUGCGAGUGAUGAGAGUAGUGAAAAGUUAGUUAAUGACGGUGCGAUCGAUGAUGAUGAUGGUUUGCAGAUGGUUAAUCCAGAUGAAUUGAGCAAUGUUGCCCCCGAAGAGGUAACUGAAUCCGAAGAGGAGAUCAUACAAAAAGCCCGAGAAGCUUUUCUACGCCACCAAGCAAUGCACGGUGGUUUAUUCGAUGAUGAUGAUGACGAGGACGACGAUGAUGAUGGUAGUGGUUCAGGUAGAGGACCCUCAGAUCAGGAGGAUGAUGAAGGGACGAGGAAUUUUAUUGCAAGACGUGGAAAACUUGCUGAAAAUAAUGCUAUAAAAUUCAUGCAGACCCCUCAUGGGAAGGUGGGAAUUGUCUAUGAGACAGACACGCGAAAAACAGCUGAAGUUCAGGAAGAUUCAAAUCCCCAGGAACGACCACGCGGUAGGAUAACGCCUGUCCUAACGCCAGAUGGCAAAGUAGCCCUUCUGUAUCGAGGGGCCUCCGAAACGAUGACAAAAUACGAACCACUGUUGAAUGUAACAAAUAAAUUUGCAAAUGAACCAGACAAUAAAAGGAUCCCCGAGGAAGCAACACAGUCAAACUCUGUUGCUGAAUCCGCAAUGACAACCAUUCCGCUGACGGAAGACCCGGCGCCACCAGAUGAAGAUGAGGACAACAAUGAGGAGAAUUUCAUCUUGCCGAGUAUCAAUAGGCCCCUUUCGGAAGUUUUGGGCAUAAAGAAGAAUCAAUUUACGCAAUUUCGCAUAACUGAAGGCACAACCCCAAUGCCCAGAUCAGCUGUUACCUUCCGCAAGGCCGUUCUUACAACCACACGGAAGCCUUCAUCGAACUAUGACUACGACUACGAUGGCAGUGAGUAUGAUGAGGAGGCAACGGAGAAAGUAACGGCUGUCGAUUCAAAUGAAAUUGAUCCGGAAAUUCUCUCAAAAACCGAAGUGGUCAAUUUGGCCAUCAUCCCCUCCUUUAGCAAUGAUAUUGAUCACAUUACAAGGCACGAUCGGGAGAAGCACUACCGCAGCUACCGACGCAAUAGGGCAGAAGAGCUAUCCGGUAUCCACUGUGCCAUGCAAGCGAUGGUUGCCGCAGCGGCAUUGGCUUGUUUUUUUGGGAUGCUCGGCGCAUAUUUUAAGACUAGAAUCCUAGAUCAGAUCACCAUAAUGCAUUGGUAGGAUUUGCUUGGUAUCCGAUUACACGGUGGGCAGCACUAAUUGGCCUUCCGGUUCGGAUACCUGUCUGUAGUGUCACAACAGUAAGUACAUUAAAGCAGCUGCAGGUGGAGUCAUUGCGAUGGGUUAUAAGGACUUCUUUCUGUGUCUUCUGAUAGACUUACUUUUUGUAGAAAGAAAUUCUCAUAAGUGAAUGUUCAGUUCCAAAUAAUGAAUCAUAUUUCCCGGAAGAACCCAUUGAAGGUUAAAUUGUUUUAAUUCCGACUCAAAGGACCAAAUGAUUCUCAAACAUCAUGAUUAAUCUUUAUCAAUUUGUCUUUUCGUUCAUUUAUAACGUUUCAUUGGAGUUUUCCAGCACCUGCGGACUUUGAAGAACUUCCAAAUGAAAGAAAUAUUUAGGAAAAAAGGCUCUAAAAGAUGAUUUAUGAUAACAAAAUUCUUAAAUUAACUUCCAACUAAGUUUUCAACUUGACAGCUCCAAGAAAAGUUUCAAGAAAUUCUAACCUAUAAAAAAAUCAUCGCCAACGGGUUGCUUUGUUUUCUAUCGUCGACAAAUCGAUUAGAUAUCGAUUAUCGAACUUAACGACAUUUAACUGAACGACAGAAGAAAGGAUUUUUUUCAAUCCAUCGAAGAUUUCACGUGCAGCGUUAGCUAAAGAAAAUGAAUUUUCACUCUAUAAAGACUCCUAUUAUGUAGAACAGAUUGAAAUAUAUAAAAUAAUAAACACUCGAGAGGCUGAGAAAACAAGUAAUUAUAGAAAGAAAAAAAAGAAA